GCUUUGUUAUUGAUUUUGUGCGUAUUUCGCUCACUAUAAUCUUUCUCAUGCGGAUUCGGCGGUGCUUUUCUGCAAUUUAUUAAAAUUUUCCAUUAUUCGGAACCUAAAUAUGUUAAGCAACCAUUUGUUUAACCAACAGAAAAUUAUUUUAAUCAAAGAUGAAUACGGCAUUGAACCAAAAUGUGAAAAGUUAGUUUCCAAAUGGCUCCGGGAGCAAAGAGGAGACGCAGCCACACUUGAAACAGUCACGUUGCUCCAAACUCCACAAGUACAGUCGCCGCAUCUUUUUGGUCGUGUUUCGAAGCUAGCUAGGUGUCAUCGGCCAGCAGAACUUUUUGCGUUUGUUGAUAGUUGCCGGAAGUCUGAUUUUCCGAUACAGCAACUAUUCCUAUGGGCCACCGUUAAAAAUAUGACUGAGCAAUUUUUGAUACCUUAUUUGGAGCACAUGGCUGAGGUGGUCGUUAGCUUGGAAGACGAUCGACACCUUUCAAUAUUGAGCCGAAAAACCGGUGGCAGCAUUAGCAAUCGACAGUUUCAGUAUCAAAUUGAUGGUGACAGUAUGUCAGUAAAAGAAAUUAAAAAGCGAGAUCAGCUGGCGGAGAAACCUGUUCCAAUCGGUGCGGAUCCACCAGUAGCAACUCCUUCGACUACGUUCAAAAUUGGUGAUCUGAAAAAAGACGAGCAAGAAGCCAGGGACGCUUUGACGUUGCCAUUCGAGUUCUAUAAAAGUACACCAGAAGGUGGUCGAAUUCUGUACCAUCCAGACGCUGAAGACGAUCUGGACGAGGAAGAUCCAGAUGAUGAUUUGAUGAUAUGAAAAAUUAUUUAUAUAUUUUAUAACAACUCGUCAUUGUUUUGUAUUUGCAAUUGGUUUUGCUGAGUUAUUUGUUAUUGCUGAAAGAUCAAACGAAAUGCUUUUCUUGUUUUGCAAUUGCAGUAGCAAAACGACGUUCUUACAUCGACCUAAAUAUACCUUUUCCACAUAUUUAAGUAGGAUAAAAAUUAUUCGAGGGUUUGUUUUGAGUUUUAAGGAAAAGAUUAAUUUUUUGAAGUUUUCUUAUUAUUUCAAGCAACAAAAUUGAGUUAUUAUUAUUAUUUUUUUUUUUGGUAUGCCUCAUAGUUCCAACGGUAUCACUUUAUAUUAUCUUAUCGAGUUUGAACUUUAUGAAAUUUGUUUAAAAGUUCACAACGGAAAGCUAAAAUACAACAGUAUCGAAGAAUGUGGAGUGUUUUAGGAAAAGUAGUUGAAAAGAUUAUUUUCUUACAAGUUAUUCAACUUCACGUGGUAAUACAAAGUGAUAUGAUGAUUUCUUAUCCUUAUUUUCGACUUUUUUUCCAGUUUGAAUUUCUAAAGCCAUCGACAUUCCUCACGUUUAACGUGCCAUCAAAAAACAAAAUCACUCGUGCGUUGAUGCAAAAAUAAAAACGUUUAAAACAAUGUGAACAAAGUGUUCAUAAAUGGCACAUAAUCUUCGAGAGGGCAACUAUAAAACAAUAACUUACGCUAACUGAGCAGCAGCAACUGUUGUUCAAACAGUCAUCAUAAGAAACCCAUCCCAUCGGAAUCUCGUUCGGCCAUCGAAAACGCGUCACUCUUUGGAUCCGGAGCUCGACUGCUCCAAAUAGUUCGGUCACAGGCAGGCACUUCACGAUAGAUCCCACCUUGCUCCAGUUCUCCAGCAAAACAAGUUUCCCUUAUAGUAAAAAUUUGCUGCACUAACCUAUCUAGUUCAUGCUCUUUGGUUGUAUCCGUUUGAUUUACCCCCAAGGUUUCAUCGCUUCCGAUCACCAGGAAGUGCGUCACACCCAGGAGAACCUUUUUGUGGAUCAAUUUAACUGUCCAGAUGCCCACCUGCAAUGGGACUUUGAUAUUGAUCGCUUUGCUGAAAUGAAUCAAAUUUUCCUCCGGCCCUGCCGGAUUGUCUUCGAUCGUCAGGUCAACUGAAUCUGCCAAUUUGCCCUCGGGAUCGAUCCACAGCACGUUCAGUGGAUAACUGGAGGUGUUUUUUUCGUUACGGGAUGGAGCUAAUCGGAAAAUUAACACCAGCUCCGAGAAACUUCCAAUAAUUCUUGGAAAAUUUCGGGACAAUUGCUCUUUCUGGUCGAAAUCGGUGCUCACUUCGAAUUGUGUUAUUCGACGCCCUAGAGGGGCUGUUUUGGAUACCUGGGCGGAAUUGUUGGGUUGAACGCGAGUUUCCCAUAGCGCGGAAUCCGACUCGAAAAGAAUCAGAAACCCUCGAUAGUGAUCGCGUUCCAGAUAGUGAGUCAAUUCUCGUAUCCGGAAGGGCUCCUGAAAUUGCAUUAGUUUGGAAUUGCUUCUCAGAAUACUUUGGCUCACUUUCAGGACAGCCCCAUCGAUGGCAGUGCUUUGGUCUUCAUAAUGGUAGAAGUUCUGCCAAUAAGAGUGAAGGUUUGGGUAAUCCGCCGGAUAAGGUCCAUGAACCCAUUCCUCAAGUUGCAAUAUGACAGCUUGGUUGAUAAUCGGUUCGAACUUUCGUGCGAAAUAAAACUGUUUAGCUAGAGUUCCUUGAAGCUUUGCCCAAUCUUCCGGCUUGAAAUCGUUCGGACUACAGCCACACCAGUCUACGAUCUGUUUGUACUGACAUUUGCACCCGAGCCUCCUCUUCCAAUUGGUCACGUGUAAAUUAUUGUCCACGUAGCUAUUGCAAAAUUUGGAAUUGCGCAGAACCGUGUGAAAAAACGAUUCCGCUGGCAGUAUUGUUUGACGGAAUAUAACCAUCAAUCCCUCGAUCAGAUCGUCUCCUUGUUGACCCUCGGUCACGUAUCUAGCAAAGUCUCUCGAAAGGCAGAUCCAAUCACUUCCUCCGUCGAUUUGAAUGCCCGCCGGCAGCACUCGAUCACCAAUUCUCCACAUGUGAUUGUCGCACUCCACAAACGUCCGAUCCAAUCCCUGCUUCUGAAUGAAGCGCUGAACCUCACGGCCGUGGCUACGGACGAAAUUUUUGCCCCGAUUGGCGCUCAAAAACAGCACCAACUUUUCCAGUGUCUUAACGGGAAAAUCGCUUUCACUCAAAUUGAGAACAUAAUCCCAACGCCAUUCGGGCAUUUGCUGAAGCAGGUGCUGCAUACAUCCUAGCAACAUUUGCAGCAACGAGGCACCUCCCCAGAUGGUGGACCAGCGAUGACGGGAUAGCCGCACAUUCGGGUACCGGGACUCUAGCUUUCGAAGCUCCCGAAACAGAUAUUCCUGGCGCUAAAAAUAAAAGCAUUCAUGAGCAUGCCAAAACCGAUGUCUGUGUUCAAGAGCACCACAGCAGAAUUUCAAAAUUCCAAAAAUAUUCUGAAAUGAUAUGCUUUUCGUUGAAUUUAACAAAACUUACCGAAUCGAUAUGAAUGAAAUAGUAGUGCCUAGGGCUAUAAAGCGUUCUGAGCAGCCGGUGAACUUGUCGCAAAGCACGACCAUUCAGUGUCAGCAGGAAAACGAUCCGAACCGGUUCCUCGCUCACUUUGGGCACAAUUUCUGUCGACUGUGGACUGAAUUCUGAAAAAUAAUGUACCGAUUUGUAGAACUUAAUGUUUUUUGUUUUUUAAUGAAAGCCGAACGUACUAGCGAUGCCCGUUUCGUAGACGUUAACUGUGAAAUAUCCGCCGCAAGCUUGUUUCGGAUCACCUGAACAUUUCAUAUUGCAGCUCGAGUCAGGUAAUUU